AUGAACCCAUUAAUUUGUGCUGCAUCUGUAGUUGGAGCUGGUUUAGCAAUCGGACUUGGAGCUAUCGGUCCUGGUAUUGGUCAAGGUACUGCAGCUGGUCAAGCUGUAGAAGGUAUUGCACGUCAACCUGAAGCUGAAGGAAAGAUCCGUGGAACACUUCUUUUAUCACUUGCUUUCAUGGAAGCAUUAACAAUUUACGGUCUUGUAGUUGCAUUAGCAUUAAUGUUCGCAAACCCAUUCGUUUCUUAA